AUGCAGACGCUACAACAAUCCCAGAUCCUCCACAAUUCGGCCGACGCGCCAAACAAUCAGUCGGAAUCGGACGACGCGCCGCCUAAACAGGUGGCUCAAGCCAUGGAACGACUCAAUCAAGCGGCUAGGGUUAUCGCCGAUAUUCGUCUCGGCGCAGACCGUAUCCUUGAAGCAAUGUUCGUCGCUUCGCAACCUCGCCACACCGACACGCCGCUUCAGCUCUUCAUUAGAGAAGACGCAUCCAUGCGUCAACACCUUCAGGAUCUCCGGUUAAUCGGGAAGAAGUUGGAAGAAUCUGGAGUUCUCACUGAAUCUCUUCGUGCAAGAAGUAACUCAUGGGGUCUUCAUAUGCCAUUGGUUUGUCCAGAUGGUGCAGUCGUUGCUUAUGCUUGGAAAAGACAGCUUGCUGGUCAAGCUGGUGCUUCUGCUGUUGAUAGAACUAGGUUAGCUCUCAAGGCCUUUACGGAUCAGAAAAGACGAUUCUUCCCUCACAUUGAUGAUGGAUUAAAGAUGGAGCCGAGAUCGAAAAAAACCCGUGCCUCUCAUUCACUAUUAGAAAAUGGAAGAGAGGAGCCUGUUGAUUACAAAACGUUGCUAGAUAUACAAUCGCGUUUAGAGAAGCUGGUCCCGAAUGUGAAGGUGUCUACUUAUGGACGGUUGGACUGGCUGAAGAGAGCUAAUUCUUUACCUGGGUCAAGUAGUGAUGAUCCAACGGAAGCAUCAAAUCCUAUUUUCCAGAGUUCUAGUAAGAUGAGAUCAGGGUUACAGACAGAAGUUGUUGAUAAGGUUGCUGUCAUUGAGUUAUUGUUUCCUUCCGUAUUCAGAGCUGUUGUCUCGUUGAAUCCAGCUGGUUCUGUUGAUCCAGAUGCAGUUGCUUUCUUCUCUCCAGAUGAGGGAGGCAGCUACUUACAUGCGAGAGGCAUUUCGGUUUAUCAUGUUUACAAACACAUCACGGAACAUGCUGCCACAGCCUUGCAAUAUUUCCUCGGCUCUGGUACCGGGACAGCUCUCUACUUUCUUCUGCUAUGGAUAUGCACUUUUGAAUCCCUAUUUAGUAAACCAUGCAGUAAAUGUGGAAGGCUAUUAGCAAUGGAUAAAAAGUCUGCUUUGAUCCUACCUCCUCUACACCGCCCUUACCAAGAAUUACCUCUUGCGGUCAAAACUGGGGAAGUCAGCCUCGACGAUUAUGAAGCUUAUCAUGCCAGUUGCUCUCAAGAUGAUUCCUAG